AGGAACCAUUAAUUGUGUACAUGGUUCAAAGAAGCACUACAAAUUGAAUUGUUCGAUAGGUGAUUCUCGAGAUAUAGAAAAAAUUGGUAAUUUUUCCAUUCCUGGAAUGGUUAGGGAAGGAGAUUUUGUUUUGGGAGACAAUGUGGAAGGGGAUGGAAUUGUUGUAGUAGAUUUGGAGGAUAACAAUGUGAGUAACAAAUUGUGGGAGACAGUAGACACAGGAUGUAGUGAAAAUAAAUUUAGAAGGACAUAAUGAGUACAAUCAAUAGAAUGAGUUAUGCGAGUUUUCUUUGCAUGUUGGUAGAAUAACAGAUUUGUUAAGUGGUUCGAAUGAGGGAUUUAAGGGUAGAUUUAUCAAUCGUGAUAAUGAAAUAAAGUUGCACUUCAAAGAUGAGAUAGAAUUGGUGUUGAAGUAUGGUGGUUCUGGGUUCGAUUGUAAUCUAUACGAUGUUGAAGACGGUGAAAUUAGAAUCGUUUGUACACCGGUUAUUUUUUUCCACUAUACAUUAAUUAAAAUAUUGUCUUAUUAUUGUUGAAUUAUUUUAAUGGGAGGUAACUAUAAUCUUAUAAACUUGUGUGUGUAGCCACUACUUGGUUCAGUAUUUCCACCAAGAAUUAUUAAUUGUGCUAGUUGGGGAGAUGUCGAUGGUCUCAAUGGUUUUGAGAGAAAAUUAACAAACUAUGUUUUGGAUCCAACCUUACCUUCAAAUGAGAUUGUUUUUGUUGGAGAUAAAGUAAUUAGGAGGAGGUCUGACUUCCUAACGUUGGCACCUAACCAACUUGUUAGCGCUAGAGUUGUGAACUGUUUACUAGAGAUUUUAGCAGUAGAGGAGGUUGUUGCGCGGGGUAAUAAAAUGAGGUGUUGGUGGAUCCCGACAUUGUUAUCUCAUCCUAAUCCGUUAAGUUAUUGUACUAAGAGCAAAGGUAGAAGAUGGCUAGAGUGGUGUGGAGAAAUGCAGGAUUGCGAGAAGGCCUUUGCCCCUAUCCUCACGAAGAGACACUGGUUUCUGGCAAUAUUGAAAUUGGCUAAGAAGGAAGUUGAAGUAUACAACAACUUCAAAAUCCCUUCCACAUCGUUUGGGCUUGCCAUAAUGGAGACAAUGCUGCAAUCCAUGGACGAAGCAUUUACGGAACAGGUGAAGAAGGUACGUUGGACUGAUUUUACUUUUCGUGGUGUUAGUAUAGAGGAACCUGUGACUCACAAGAAGGAGUGCGUAGAGUAUGACUGUGGUGUGUACGUUAUGAAGAUGCUUCUUCAAGAGUAUGUGCCUGGAGUUUUAACUAAAGGAGAAAAUGAUGCAAUUGAUGAACUACAUAUUGGAAAAUGCAUUUUGACAGGACCAACAAAUGUGCCAACGGAGUUGGGUAGGCAACUCAUUGCAGGAAGAAUUUUGACAUCGAGCAUCAAUUGAGUGAGAGAUGUUCUUAUUGAAAAAGCCAGUAAUUCCCAUUGAGAUGGUCAAUGUUUUGUAAUUAAGUAUUCUCCACAUAAUUUUCAACAAUAGACCAUGGGUGUGUUUUGAUAGGACACUAUUUAGUUUGGAUAUCAAGUUUAGAUAAAGGUAUUAAAUAUGUACAUGUGUAAAAAAAUUAGAACGCUAUGGGUGGUCUUGUUGGAUGAGUUUAAUAUUAGGUCAUGGAUAUGGUAAGUUGAGUUAACUAUGCUAUGUGAGUGUGUUAUUUGUUUUGUUGAGAUUUUGAAUGUACUAAUUUCAUAAUUCAGUUGUCAAAUUGAGCAUGAG